AUGGUGGUCCGAAUUAUUAACAAUGUGAAAAUGGUGGAAGAGACUAGAACUGAUCAGUGCUCGGGAGUGAUCCGAUCACCUAUCCUAGUAGGUUGGCAUCCUCCUGCGACUGACACUUUAAAGCUCAAUACAGAAGCUUCACUGGAGGGCGGGUCAGGACGUGCUUAUGGAGGUGGCCUCUUUCGGGAUGCAACAGGUUCUCGAAGUGCAUGCUCCAUGGUUUACAUUUUGGCGAAAGCUUUGGGCUUCCAAAAUUUGAAGGUGGAAAGUGACAGUUUCAUUGGAAUCUCAAUGAUCAAGGGGUAUUUUGAAGUGUCCAUCAACUGUAGAUCUAUAGUGCCAGGCGUGCGUGACUUGCUUCCAGAUUUUGAUUCGUCGGUGGUCAACCAUUUGCAUCGGGAAAGGGAAUUUUGCUGCGGAUUUUCUAUCUCAUCAUACUUAUAG